AUGGCCCCGCCGCCUCCGCCCACAGCCAUGGACAAGCUCUGUGCGAAAUACCAAAGUCCUAUUCUUAUGGGAACUUUUGCACUGCAAGUCGCCCAUCACCAGUAUAUACGUCGGACGACACCAACCUAUGAGCCGUUAAGCUCUACAUUCCCAAGACUUGCUUCUGUUCCCCGGCCGCUCAGAGCUGGCCUGGGGUGGGCAGCCAUUUUCCUGGGACUUCUCACUCAGAUCACGUUGGCGAAGAGGUCGAUUCGGGAUUCUUCGGGCCCAGUCUUGCCGGUUUCAGCUCAAAGAAAACACUGGGUAAAGAAGUCAGAGGAGGCUCUGCAUCUUUGGCGCUCUCUCUUGUAUAUAUUCUACGCCAUGUCAGCCGAUUUUUGGGCCGGCUACAUCAGUGGCGCAGCCGGGAUUCUCAUUGGAAACCCUCUCGACCUCAUCAAAGUCCGUCUCCAGGCCUCACCAGCUCUCUCGACACCUUCUCUCUCAACCGGAGUACCACUACCCCCAUCAUCCUACAGGACGCAAUUUCAGUCCGCCUCCUCCCUCAUCCGGGGAGCAACAGCUCCAAUAAUCGGCUACGGCGCUCUCAACGCCCUGCUCUUCGUAACAUACAACCGCACCAGCACCCUCCUCAACUCCCAGUCACCAUCUAGUCCCUCAAACCUCUGGACAACUUGGAUAGCAGGUGCCAUCGGCGGCCUCGCAACGUGGGUCAUCUCCACCCCCACCGAAAUCGUCAAAUGCCGCGCUCAGAUAUCCACCACCUCAGCCGCUGCCUCAAGUUGGGGCAUUACCAAAGAAAUUCUGCGCACAGAAGGGGUCCGAGGCUUGUAUUUCGGGGGCGUGGUGACCGCUCUGAGAGAUAGCGUCGGCUAUGGCUUCUACUUCUGGAGCUACGAGCUCACGACCAGAUUCAUGGUCCAGAAGAUGAAGGAGCGCGGAGAAGCCGGUACCCGGUUGGAAGAAGCCGCGAAGGUCCUGCUGUGCGGAGGAAUCGCCGGCGUGGUAACGUGGGCGAGCAUCUUCCCACUGGACGUCAUCAAAACCCGCGUUCAAACUCAACAAGCCGUCGUAAUACGCGUCAGCAGCCCGGGAGAAGCUGCCCCCUUACUAGCAGGCGAAGCAACCGGAUCGCAGAGACUGGGAGCUGUAGCCAUAGCAAGAAAUGCGUACCGCAGCGAGGGCGUAGGGGUAUUCUUCAGAGGGCUGGGCGUGUGCAGCACGAGGGCGUUCGUGGUGAACGCGGCGCAGUGGGCUGUGUAUGAGUGGAUCGUGCGGGAGCUGGAGCCGCAGAGGAAGGAUGAGCUGAAUUCAAGCAAGAUAGAGGGGAGAGAUGUAGGAAUUUAA